AUGGAGCUUCCGAUACCCGCGGCCCUGCCGCCGCUCAAGCCCACCUUCCUGAUCGGCACCGGCUACUGCCGCGAGGCCGGCGAGGAGCACGACACCUUCGAGUCGUGGGCAGACUGCUCUGCGGCGUACGCGUGCGUGGCCGAGUGCCAGGAGAGCGCGGCCUGCGUGGCUGUGGCGUGGGCGGCGACCCCCCAGACGCCGCACGACGGGUGCAAGGACGCCGGCAAGCCCCGCUGCGCCACCCGGGAUGACGGGCGCGGCGAGGCGCUCCGGCAGGCUGCGGCAGAGGCGAGCCAGCGGGCGGGCCAGCUGGCCAGCGAGGCGAAGUCGCGCGCCGUCCGCGGGCGGCAGGAGCGGGCUAAUUUGCUGUGA